UUGAGCCCAUUAUUACGAACGGGGCGCUAGUGAAUUUAUAAGGAGAUGCUGUGACAGUCAUAGAUGAACUUUUACAAAGUAGGCUCCCUAGUUCACUCGUUUUGCCUACAACAUGCAGUCGCCGACAUUUGGACGAAUCUAACCGCGCAAUUCGGGACAAGUCUGCGGGACAACGGUGCGCUUUCUGGACAUUUCAUUUCAUGCCAAUGCGACGUAACUUGAAUCGUUUCUACACGUCAAGGAAUAUUAGUUCUGGAUUCUUUGUUUACCAGGACUGAACUCUUUUGGUAGAAGGCGUGGUGUGUGAUGAACCUAGAGAGUGCGUGUGGUUACCAGGUCGGGGCGCGGAGCCCGCGGGAAGUGAUGGAGCAGAAAGUCCAAGGUCAGCUGAACUUUGGCUUCCAGAGGAGUUCCACGUCAGACGACGACUCAGGGUGUGCCCUGGAAGAGUACGCCUGGGCACCGCCUGGCCUCAGACCCGAACUGGUCCAGUUGUAUUUCUCCUGUCUGCCUGAGGACAAGGUUCCUUACGUUAACAGUCCUGGAGAGAAGUUCAGAAUCAAACAGCUCCUCUAUCAGCUGCCUCCACAUGACAACGAGGGCCGCUACUGUCAGUCUCUCAGUGAGGAGGAGAAGAAGGAGCUCCACAUGUUCAGUGUCCAGAGGAAGAAGGAGGCGCUGGGGAGGGGCUCUCUCAAACUCCUGCCCCGGGACCUGCUACACAGCGUCUGUGAACAUUGUGGGGAGAGCAUCAACGGAGGGGAGAUGACGGUUUUUGCAUCCAGAGCGGGUCCUGGGCUGGCCUGGCACCCAGCAUGCUUUACGUGCUCCACGUGUAGUGAGCUGCUGGUUGACCUCAUCUACUUCUACCAGGAUGGGAAGAUCCACUGUGGCCGACACCACGCAGAGCUGCUCAAGCCACGCUGCUCUGCCUGCGACGAGGUUAUCUUUUCUGACGAGUGUACGGAGGCGGAGGGGCGUCACUGGCACAUGAAGCACUUCUCCUGUUUUGAAUGUGAGACGGUGCUGGGGGGGCAACGUUAUAUCAUGAAGGAUGGUCGGCCAUAUUGCUGCGGCUGCUUUGAUUCUCUCUAUGCCGAGUACUGCAAGGCCUGCGGGGAACACAUUGGUGUGGACCACGCCCAGAUGACGUACGACGGUCUCCACUGGCACGCCACCAAGGGUUGUUUCUGCUGUGCCCAGUGUAAGAGCUCUCUGCUGGGCUGUCCCUUCCUGCCCAAGCAGGGCCGGAUCUACUGCUCCAAGGCCUGCAGUCUGGGAGAGGACGUCCACGCCUCAGACUCCUCCGACUCCGCCUUCCAGUCCGCGCGCUCCCGCGAGUCGCGCCGCAGCGUCCGCAUGGGCAAGAGCAGCCGCUCAGCCGACCAGUGCCGCCAGUCGCUCCUCUUCUCGCCCUCUGUCAACUACAAGUUCCCCGGGUUUACCGGUAACCCAGACACCGAUACGCUCACCAAUAAGCUGGCCCACCUGGGUUUAACAAAUGAGGAGUGCUUCUGGAGGGGGAGGGAGGACACCGAGGGCCCCGAGGACCGGGGCGAGGAGGAGUGGGCCGAGCACGAGGACUACAUGACCCAGCUGCUGCUCAAGUUCGGGGAGCACGGAGUCUUCCAGCAAGGUGAGGUGGUCGACUCCAGACCUACAACCAAUCUGUGGAUGACCGAGGCUGAGGUCAAGAUGAAACAGUGUGAGCCUCAGAGCUCUAGGGCUGAGACCGGAGGAGGAUGUGGAGGAGGGUCAGGCAGCCAGAGCCUGGCCAGUAAGAAGUACCAGACAGAUAUGUACUGGGCCCAGUCCCAGGACGGGCUGGGGGAUUCGGCCUACGGGAGCCACCCUGGCCCGGCCAGCAGUAGGAAACUCCAGGAGCUGGAGCACGGCGCUGUAAGCAUCGGAGGUACCAGCUUCCAGAGGGAGGAGAAGCAGUGGUAUGACAACUCUCUGGAGUGCAUCACAGACAAGGUGAAACGGACAGAUCAGAGUGUCAGGGACUCCAUGGACUCACUGGCACUGUCCAACAUCACGGGUGCCUCUGUAGAUGGCGACAGUAAAGAGAGACCUCUGGUCUACUCCUUACAGAGCUUCCAGGAACUCGAGGCUGAGAGAGACUGUGAGAACACAAGCAACAUGGGAACUCUCAACUCCUCCAUGUUACACCGCAGUGCCAAUUCCCUGAAGAGCCUUACGUCUGAGCUGGAGCAGGAGAACGUACCAGAGGAAGAGACGGUCCCUCUUCCCUCUCCCCCCAAGCCUCCUCAUGUCCCGGCGUUGAGACGGACUCGAUCCCAGUCUCGACCCCAACAGGUGAAGUUCUCCCCAGACGUCGUGGACAACAGUCGCUAUGGUGAUUUGCAGGUGCGCCAGCCUCCGAUGAGCGAGCGGACGCGGCGGCGAGCAUACCAUUUCGAGGAGCAGGACCAGGAGAUUGGUGACCCGGGCUCCGGCCGCUAUCACAACCACCCCCACAGGAGACGCCGCAGCCGCAAGUCACGCUCCGACAACGCUCUCCACCUGGUGCCCAAGGAGAGGGCCAAUCGCAUAUACUUCAGAGAGGACCAUAGAGGUCAUGGGGGACACGGCUUCAGCUCAAAGAGGCCCCAGCAGCUGGCCUUCCUGCCCAACCAGCAGGGGUAUGGCCAGACCCAGCAUCCCCACAGCCAUCCCCACCAAGCCACCUCAGACUUCAGACUCCAGCAAGGCCCAGCCAUGGAGAGGUUCAUGGGGUUGUGUGGGGAAAGGGACCAAGAUGACUGGUGCUCCACCUGCUCCUCUUCUUCCUCUGAGUCUGAGGAGGAAGGCUUCUUCCUGGGCCAGCCCAUCCCCCAGACACACAGACACUACUAUGAUGGCCUGCCCAGCCCAAGCCACGUGGCAGGCCUGCCCUCCCUGCCUUACGGAGCAGUCCCACGGACUAUGUCCAAAAAGAAGAAGGGGCACAAGGGGAAGAACUGUAUCAUCUCAUAAGACUUUUAAACUCUGUGUGCAACCCCCUUCUGAAUCUCGUUGUUGUUGCCACUAUUGUGAAUACAGAAAUGGCCCGCUUGUUAAAACCGUCUUGCCAUCGGAUGUAAUACAUGUUAACAUGGCUCUGAUCCUAUUAUUGAAUUGCAUUACAAAAAAAACAGAGUUGCAUAAACACAUUUCAACUGUCAUAAUUGUAUUAGAAAAAAAUGUAUGCAAAUAACUCUGAACAAAUGUAUUUAUAAAAACACCAUUUAGAGAGUAGCGGAAAUGACUAUUUAACAGUGCAGAUAUUAAUGUAUAUAUUGUAAAGUGUAAUUGUUUUUAUAACCCUGAGUCAAAUGUUUUUGUAGUGGAAUGGCAUUGAAAAGACAAAACUGACAGCAGUUAUCAAAGAACCUUCUCUUUUCUUAACCAGGGUUUGAAAAAUUAAACAUAUGAUAUGCUGCCAGCAAAGGUAUUCAGAGUGCAGAGUUUGACCCUGGGCCUGGUUUCCCAAAAGCUAUUUCCUGGUUGCUAAAUUUCAAAUAGUUCCCCUAAUUUCAGUUUGUGUGACAAAACAAGCAAGUAUAGUACCAUUUGGGGGGACAGGUAGCCUAGUGGUUAGAGUGGAGGGGCGGCAGGUAGCCUAGUGGUUAGAGUGGAGGGGCGGCAGGUAGCCUAGUGGUUAGAGUGGAGGGGCGGCAGGUAGCCUAGUGGUUAGAGUGGAGGGGCGGCAGGUAGCCUAGUGGUUAGAGUGGAGGGGCGGCAGGUAGCCUAGUGGUUAGAGUGGAGGGGUGGCAGGUAGCCUAGUGGUUAGAGGGG